AAGCCAAAGUUGCUUCUUAAAACGGCCUGCUUAUUUACUCCGGAGGUGGUUGAAUUUGACAAGUCGUCGAAAUGAAACUGCUUUUUGCUUUAGCGCUGGUAGGGUGCAUCGCUACGGCGUAUGCUGCACCCGCUGAAAGAAAGGUGAAAUGGUGCGUUAAGUCGAGUGAAGAAAUGAAUAAAUGCACUGCUUUAGCAGCGAAGAACCUGCAGUUUGCGUGCGAGAAAAGGUUAAACACUCUCGAAUGCAUAAAAGCCGUUAGCGCAGGUGAGGCUGAUGCCAUCACUCUGGAUGGAGGAGAUAUCUACACAGCCGGCCUCAAAAAUCAUAACCUGCAACCCAUCAUUUCAGAGGAGUAUGAAAAGGAGCCUAAGAGAUGUUAUUAUGCUGUGGCUGUGGUCAAAAAGGACAGUACUUUCGGGAUCAGAGAUCUCAAAGGGAAAAAAUCCUGCCACACUGGGUUGGGCAAAUCUGCUGGUUGGAACAUUCCGAUCGGCACCCUCGUGGACAUGAAGCAGAUCGAUUGGGCCGGCAUCGAGGAGAAACCCUUGGAGGAGGCGGUGAAAGAAUUUUUCGCAGCCAGCUGUGUUCCUGGAGCCAAGGAACGUAAACUGUGCCAGCUGUGUAAGGGAGACUGCUCCAGGUCUCAAAAGGAGCCAUACUAUGAUUACUCAGGGGCCUUCCAGUGCCUAAAGGAUGGAAAAGGCGAUGUUGCCUUCAUCAACCACCAGACUGUACCUGACACAGAGAAGGCAAACUACAUGCUGCUGUGCAAGGAUGGAACCAGGGCUAACAUCGACAGCUAUGAAACGUGCAACUGGGCCAAAGUACCUGCCCAUGCGGUGGUCACACGCAAGGACCCAGAGCUGGCCAAGACCAUCUACAAUAGCCUGGUUGCUGUCAAGGAUUUCAAGCUUUUCUCCUCUGAAGGCUACGGAGCCAAAAAUCUGAUGUUCAAGGAUUCCACAAAGAAACUGGUGCAGCUGCCCUUGACCAUAGACUCCUUCCUCUACCUGGGAAGUAAUUACUUUAGCAGCAUUCAAUCCCUGACAAAAGAGACUGCAGCCAAGCCCUCCGACUCUAUCAAGUGGUGUACUGUGGGCCAUGCUGAGGAGCAAAAGUGUGACAUGUGGAGUAUCAACAGUGCGACAGAAGGAGGAGACAAAAUCGAGUGCCCAAACGCAGGGUCGGUGGAGGAAUGUAUCAAGAAGAUCUUGAAAAAAGACGCUGAUGCCAUGGCUGUGGAUGGUGGGCAAGUGUACACCGCUGGGAAAUGUGGACUGGUCCCCGUCAUGGUGGAGCAGUAUGAAGGCAUGAAGUGCAGCAGUACUGGUAGUCAGUCCUCGUCCUACUGUGCAGUGGCAGUGGCAAAGAAGAGCUCUGGACUGAACUGGAACACGCUGAAGGGCAAAAGAUCCUGCCACACUGCAAAAGGAAGAACGGCAGGCUGGAACAUUCCCAUGGGUCUUAUCUACAAUAAGACAAAGGACUGUGACUUCAGUAAAUACUUCCCUAAGGGCUGCGCCCCUGGAUCUGAGGCCGGUUCUACCUUCUGUGAUCAGUGUGUGGGCAAAGCUACGACUGUGGGGGGAGAUGUUUUCAAGUGCCAAGCGAACACUGAUGAACAGUACUUCGGCUACACUGGAGCCUUCAGAUGUCUGGUUGAAGGACGUGGAGAUGUUGCCUUCAUCAAACACUCUAUCGUGUCAGAGAACACUGAUGGGAAAGGUGCAGAUUGGGCUAAGAAUCUGAAGUCUGCUGACUAUGAGCUGCUUUGCCUGGAUGGCAGCACCAAGCCAAUCGACAAGUACACAGAGUGCCACCUGGCCCAAGUGCCCGCCCACGCUGUGAUAACCCGCCAGGACAGCCGCAGAGUUGUGACAACCUUCCUCCAGGACCAGCAGUCCAAGUUCGGUUCUGAGAGCAGCAGCACAUUCAGAUUGUUCAAGUCAGAAGGAGGAAGUAACUUGCUCUUCAAAGAUUCCACUAAAUCCCUCCUGAAUAUUCAAUCUCAGUCAUUCAAGGAUUUCCUAGGGAAUGAGUACAUGACUGCAAUGGAAUCUCUCAGGUCUUGCUCUGACACGGCCUCAGAUCUUGAGAAGUCUUGCCAAUUCUGCUGGGAGUAGGAGAAGACGAGCUCCUGUUUGUGGCUACAGUAUCAUAAUCACUCACUUAACCGCCUCAAUGUUCAAGAACUCAAAGCAGUAACUGUAAAUUCAGAUAAAGUUGUUUAUGUAACUGUGCUUUUCAUUCCUUUUGAUAAAAAUAAUUCAAUUACAGAACAUAAUGAUAACUGUUUUGCAAUGUAGUGGAUAUGUCUGCCUCUCAAGAACUGGUGUUUGUAGUAUUUUUUUAAGAUGACGACCAACCAAAAUCCACACAAAACAAAGGUAAAAUUCCUAUUUGUUUUGGCUGUUCGUCAGCAAAUUGUCCAACUGCUUUGACUUGCUCUUGAAAUAAAGUGUACCCUUUUUCACAGUGCAA